AUGAAUCUCCAAGGUAGUGUAGACCGAAUUUACAAGCAGUAUUCACCUAGACGCUGACCUGGGGAUCCUGUUUGCCCUUUUUAUAAUCGUCAAUUAAGAAGCAAGCACCUGGCUAUUAAAGAAAUGAAUGAAAUUCAGAAAAACAUAGAUGGAUGGGAAGGCAAAGAUAUUGGACAGUGUUGUAAUGAAUUUAUUAUGGAAGGCCCAUCGACAAGAAUUGGUGCUAAACAUGAACGGCAUACUUUUCUCUUUGAUGGCUUAAUGAUUAGCCACAAACCCAGUCACAGCCAGUCACACCUUCCAGGAUACAGUAGUACAGAAUACAGAUUAAAAGAAAAAUUUGUCAUGAGGAAAAUACAAAUAUUAGAUAAAGAAGAUACUUGUGAGUGCAAACAUGCUUUUGAAUUAGUAUCCAAAGAUGAAAACAGCAUAUUUGCUGCUAAGUUUGCUGAAGAGAAAAAUAAUUGGAUGGCAGCACUUAUUUCUCUUCAUUAUCAUAGUACUCUACAUCGAAUGGAAGCCCUAGAUUCAGUAUUAUUGAAGGAAGAAAAUGAGCAACCACUUAGAUUACCGAGUCCUGAAGUGUAUUGUUUUGUGGUAAAAGACUCUGAGGAAAACAUUGUUUUUGAAGACAACUUGCAAAGUAGAAGUGGACUCCCCAUUAUUAAAGGAGGAACUGUGGUGAAACUAAUUGAAAGGUUAACACAUCACAUGUAUGCAGAUCCCAAUUUUGUUCGCACUUUUCUUACUAUGUAUCAUUCAUUUUGUAAACCACAGGAAUUGCUAAGCUUACUGAUUGAACGAUUUGAAAUUCCAGAGCCAGAACCUAGUGAAGCAGAUAAAUUGGCAGUAGAGAAAGGUGAGCAGCCAAUCAGUGCAGACCUUAAAAGGUUUCGCAAGGAAUACGUCCAGCCAGUACAACUUAGGAUCUUAAAUGUGUUUCGGCACAGGGUUGAACACCAUUUUUAUGACUUUGAAAGAGACUUGGAGUUGCUUGAAAGACUAGAAUCCUUCAUUUCAAGUGUAAGAGGGAAAGCUAUGAAGAAAUGGGUAGAGUCAGUUGCUAAGAUCAUCAAGAGGAAGAAACAAGCUCAGGCAAAUGGAAUAAGCCAUAAUAUUACCUUUGGAAUUCCACCUCCACCAAUUGAAUGGCAUAUCAGCAGACCAGGACAGUUUGAAACAUUUGAUCUCAUGACACUUCAUCCAAUACAAAUUGCACAUCAGCUGAUACUUCUGGAAUCUGAUCUCUACAGGAAAGUUCAACCUUCUGAACUUGUAGGGAGUGUAUGGACCAAAGAAGAUAAAGAAAUAAAUUCUCCAAAUUUAUUAAAAAUGAUUCACCACACCACAAAUCUCACUCUCUGGUUUGAAAAGUACAUUGUGGAAGCAGAAAAUUUUGAGGAACGGGUGGCAGUACUAAGUAGAAUUAUAGAAAUUCUGCAAGCUUUUCAAGAUUUGAAUAAUUUCAGUGGUGUAUUAGAGAUCGUCAGUGCAAUAAAUUCAGUAUCAGUCUGUAGACUAGAUCAUACCUUUGAGGAAGAAAAAGGAAAAUUUUGGAUGAAGCUGUGGAAUUAAGUCAAGAUCAUUUUAAAAAAUAUCUAGUGAAACUUAAGUCAAUCAGUCCACCUUGUGUGUCUUUUUUUGGAAUAUAUUUAACAAAUAUUCUGAAGACUGAAGAAGGGAAUAAUGAUUUUUUAAAAAAGAAAGGGAAAGAUUUAAUCAAUUUCAGUAAGAGGAAAAAAGUAGCUGAAAUUACUGGAGAAAUUCAGCAAUAUCAGAAUCAGCCUUACUGUUUACGGAUAGAACCAGAAAUGAGGAGGUUCUUUGAAAACCUUAACCCCAUGGGAAAUGCUUCUGAAAACGAGUUUACAGAUUAUUUGUUCAACAAGUCACUAGAAAUUGAACCCCGAAACUGCAAACAGCCACCUUGAUUUCCUAGGAGAUCAACUUUCUCUUUAAAAUCUCCUGGAAUAAGGACUACUACAGGCCGACAUGGCUCUACCUCAGGUACUUUACGAGGUCAUCCAACACCAUUAGAAAGAGAACCACGUAAAAUAAGCUUUAGUCGGAUUGCUGAAACAGAGCUUGAAUCAACAGUGUCAGCACCAACCUCUCCGAAUACACCAUCUACUCCACCAGUAUCUGCUUCUUCACACCUUAGUGUGUUCUUAGAUGUGGAUCUCAACAGUUCCUGUGGAAGCAAUAGCAUCUUUGCUCCAGUCCUCUUGCCUCAUUCAAAGUCUUUCUUUAGUUCGUGUGGUAGUUUACAUAAACUAAGUGAAGGGCCACUGAUUCCUCCUCCACUUCCUCCUCGAAAAAAAUUUGAUCAUGAUGCUUCAAAUUCCAAGGGGACUAUGAAAUCUGAUGAUGACCCCCCUGCUCUUCUGCCAAGACAGCCUCCUCCUCCAAAGGUAAAACCCAGAGUUCCUGCUCCUUCUGGUGCAUUUGAUGGGCCUCUGCAUAGUCCACCACCGCCGCCGCCGAGAGAUCCUCUUCCCGAUACCCCUCCACCAGUUCCCCUUUGGCCUCCAGAACGCUUCAUAAACUGUCCAUUUACUCUUCAGCCACCUGCACUGGGACAUCUUCAUAGAGACCCAGACUGGUUCAGAGACGUUAGUACAUGUCCCAAUUCUCCAAACACUCCUCCUAGCACACCCUCUCCAAGGGUACCACAUCGAUGCUAUGUUCUCAGUUCUAGUUAAAAUAAUCUUGCUCAUCCUCAAGCGCCCCCUGUUCCACCAAGGCAGAAUUCAAGCCCUCACCUGCCAAAACUGCCACCAAAGACUUACAAACGGGAGCUUUCGCACCCCCCAUUGUGUAGACUGCCUUUGCUAGAAAAUGCAGAAACUCCUCAAUGACCCUAGCCAUAUGUAGUCAUUGACACUGGAAUGGUAUUUGUACAGUUUUUUUUUAAAUUUAUUCAAAAAAGGCCUAGUAUUUUAGUACUUUUAAAAAAUAAUGUUCUUACAAAAAUGCUACUGAUCAAAUAAGCUUUUAAAGAUUGGAAAAAUAAAAAUGCAGAAGUCCUUUACCAUUAUCCUCAGGUGAUCAGUAGCAUUGCCUUGUCUUGGAUCCUCAGUGCUGCCCAAAGGCCAGUAUAAAGAAUUUAUAUUUGCACUGUAGACGCUGCUAAAAUAUGGUUUAAAGUGACAUUGAUGGCACUGAAAGUGGAUAGUGCAUUUGUGGAAUUUUUCAAAUUUGAGUGACAGAUGACUUUUUAAGGCAGUGAAUUUAUACACAUAUAGGGGGUGUGUGGUGAUACUGAGUUUUAAGCCUCUUUGACCAUCUUCUAGUUUUUACGUCUAGUUUUUACAUUUCGGAAGAUCGUGAAUAACACCCAGUGCUCUUAAACUCUUUAAUGCCAUGUCUUAAAAGCCAGAAUUUGCUGCUGAAGACAAAAGUGAAAAAUAGAACAAAAAUAAUAGAAUGCACUGUGUUUAUUGUUUUGUCGAAAUGUAAACAGACUACCUAACCCAAUCAUAGAGGAGAAAAGGGCAUAUAUCUUAUACAGAUGUGCCUUUUUGCAGACUAUGGUGUCUUUAGCUAACGAGUUGCCUAUUGUUUUGGAAAACAAAGUUAAUAUGCCAUACAUGUACAGUUUUGUUUAUAUUGUACAUUUAAAGAUAAUGCUAAUAACCUAUAUAAAUUUAUGUGACUCAAGGCCUGUAAUACGGUCUGCUACUUUACUAAUUCAUAAAGCUGGAGGAUAAGUUUCUUAUGGCAUAGGAACCAACUGCAUUGCCUUCAAAACCAAGUAACUUUCUCUAUAAAUCUUGCAUUAACUAAAAAUUUUUAAAGUAUUUUUUUAGGUUGGUAAUAUUUAAACCAGCAGACACUUAAAGCUUUAUUAAACUUUUUAAUCAGA